CCUUGAGCGCCGCCAUCUUGACUGGCCACAUGACUCGCGCGCGACACGGGACAGGCGGUGGAGGCGUGGCCUGGCGGGGGCGGGACCUGUGGCGGAGGGCGGUGCUAGAGGGAGCGGGGCGUGGCCUAGCGGCGGCGUGGCGUGGCCGCAGGAGUUCCCACUCGAGGAGCAGGUUCGAGUCCCGGCAUUGCUCAAUCCCACGCACGUCCCUGAAAUCCCAAAUCCCGCCGCAGCACGUGCCUGUGUCCCGUUCCCCGCCCCGCGACACGGAACCAGGAGACCCCACGACCCUGUCGGUCCCCUCUGGGCUGGGGAAGACACCUCUCCCCGUAGGGCCAAAUGUUAUCCUGAGGAGAAACGGGCAGCAGCAUUGCAGGCAGAAGAGGAUGCAGUGCCACACGAACAACAUGCGGGCAGGGGACAGGCCAGAGGCAGAGCAGGACGAAGCCCCUCUGCUUGCUCAGCAGCCCUCCUCCCGCACAGGGCUCUGCUCCGCUCACUAUGGCCUGGCCCUGGUCCUGCACAUCUCCCUCUUCAUGGCGUACAUGCUCCGGGUCAGCCUCAGCAUCGCCAUUGUCGCCAUGACUAACAGCAGCCAUCCCCACAGCUGGUCCGGCAGCGCUCCCCACAGCUCUUACCCAGGAUUUGCUCAGGAAGCCCCCAUGUACAACUGGAGUGCUGAGACUCAAGGAAUUGUCCUCAGCUCCUUCUUCUAUGGCUACGGCCUCACACAGGCGCUGGGCGGGUACUGCUCAGGGCUGUUCGGGGGGAAACUCAUCCUGGGCAGUGGGCUCCUGCUCUCCUCUGUGCUCACCCUCCUCGUGCCCAAAGCAGCAGAGCUUGGUGUGAGCUUCCUCAUCGGGCUGCAGGUGCUGCUGGGCUUGGCUGAGGGAGUGAUAUUUCCAGCUCAGUACACGCUCUGGGCAAAAUGGGCCCCUCCGCUGGAACGCAGCAGGCUCAUGAACAUUGCUGAUGCUGGAUGCACUUUUGGGACUUUCUUUGCUCUCCUCGUGGCUGGGAUCAUCUGCCAGAAUCUGGGGUGGCCUUUUGUCUUCUACAUCUUUGGUGGCGUUGGCUGUGCCUGGUGCUUCUGCUGGUUCCUCCUUGUGUACGAGGACCCUGCACAUCACCCAUGGAUUAGUGCUGGGGAGCAGGAGUACAUCGUGUUGGCGCUGGCUCACCAGAGCAGCUCUCAUGGCCUUUCCCUCCCACUUGUGGCUAUGGCUAAAUCACUGCCUCUUUGGGCGAUCACCAUUGCUUGCUUCUGCACAGACUGGCUGUUCUACAUGCUGCUGACCUCCAUGCCGACGUUCAUGAGCAACGUCCUCCACUUUGACCUUGGAGAGAAUGGGCUCCUCUCCUCUCUGCCUUACGUUGGGAAUGGGCUGGGGCACAUCCUGGCCGGGCUGCUGGCUGAUUUCUUCCUGGCCAGGCGAGUGCUUGGCACAGCAGCCGUCAGGAAGCUCUUCUCAGCACUCGGGAUGCUGCUCCCAGCCAUCUUCCUGGUGGCUGUGCCUUACAUACGCUGCAAUUCCACGGUUGUUGUGGUCCUUCUAACGCUGGCCUUGACGAUAAUCAGCAUGACAGGGGCAGGCAUCAAUAUUAACCACAUCGAUAUAGCGCCCAGAUAUGCAGGGUUCCUGCUGGGAAUCACAAAUACCUUUGGCAUAGUUGCAGGAAUUAUUGCUCCUACUGCAAUUGGACUUCUCAUCAGCCAGGAUCUCCAGACGGGCUGGAGGAAUGCCUUCUUCAUAUCUGCAGCCCUCAACAUGUUUGGCCUGGUCUUCUACCUAGCCUUUGGCAGUGGGACCAUCCAAGACUGGGCUAGGGAGGACACUGCUGUGCAAUGAGAGCCACGAGCAUGGGAAGGAACACAGGGGAAUGGUCUGCAAAUGGGCACGGGUCAGGCAGGAGCCUCCUCUACUACCCUCCUCUCACCUGCGCAGCAAAGCUCAGCCGUGUGUUCCUGCCCACUCCCGCAGCCCUCGCAGCAUCCUCAGGCAAUGGCUCAAGCUAAGCAGCCCUGCCUGCACUCUGACUCUUGAAGUGUCCAGCACCCUCACCCGGCGCUGUCUGCUUUCUGCUCCCAGUCUACUCCCUGUUGGAGGCAUGACCUGCUGUGCAUUUAACCCUGCCCUCAGCCUUUGUGCACGGGAGGGAACGCUGCAGCGUGAACAGAUCCUGAACAGGAUCCAUGGAGAGCUGGUAAAGCUGGCUGUCAGCUGAGCUCUGCAAGGAGCCUGUGGCUAUUUCCAGCAAAGCUGUUCUUAGAUGAA